GACACCGUGGACUUGGCUGCAGACACGCAGGUCCUGACCAGCAAGCGCACGCAGGAGGAGCUAGGUGACUUCAGCAUCCUCGUCAAGCUCACAGAGGCCGCGCGGCGAGACAGGCAAAGAAAACUCGACUCAGGCGAUGAGUCCGUGAGGCUUCAACUGGACGUCCAGGCGCACAUGCCGCCUCCGCCACCUCAGCAGCAGAUGGUACCGCACUACCAGGGGGGCGGCGGCGGAGGAGGUGGCUUCAAGGGCUACGGAAACAACUAUGGUAUGGACAAAGGAGGCUACAAGGGGGAUAAAGGCGGCUUCAAGGGCUACAAAGGAGACCGAGGAUUCAAGGGCGGCUUCAAGGGGGAUGGAGGCUAUGGCAAAGACUUCGGCAAGGACGGCUACCAUCGUGCGUUCGACAAAGGCAAGAAGGGCGGCGACAACAAGGGUUAUGGGAAGAAGGGCAAGGAUGGAAAGUCCGGCAAAGGAUACUGA